AUGGCUUCCUCCAGCAGUGUCCUGUGUGAAGAUCAGCUCCAGUGCUCCAUCUGUCUGGAUGUGUUCACUGAUCCAGUCUCUACUCCAUGUGGACACAACUACUGUAUGAUCUGUCUCAAAGAGUUCUGGGACAGCAGUUCACACUGUCAGUGUCCAGUGUGUAAGGAGGAAUUCCCUAAACGCCCUAAACUACGUGUGAAUACGUUCAUCUCUGGACUGGCUGCUUCAUUUAAGAAGUCAAUUCAGGUGAAAUCCAACAGUGCUGCAGAAAAACCCACCCAAUCUCUGGUGCUCUGUGAGGCCUGCUGUGAAAAGAAAUGUGCAGCUGUGAAGUCCUGCCUGACCUGUAUGACCUCUUACUGUGAGACUCACCUGGAACUUCACAGAAAAGUUUUGUCAUUAAAGAAGCACAAACUGAUGGAGCCUGUGGAGAACCUGGGAGACUACAUCUGCCAGAAACAUGAAAGACCCCUGGAGCUGUUCUGUAGAGACGACCAGACGUGUGUGUGUCAGUUCUGUACGGAAACAGACCACAGAACUCACAAUACUGUUCCUAUAGAGGAGGAAAGUGCAGAGAAGAAGACUGAGAUGGAAAAGACACGAGCAGAAGUUCAGCAGAUGAUUCAGGAGCGUCUAAAGAAGAUUGAGGAAAUCAAACACUCUGUCGAACUCAAUAAUGUGAGUCUCUCCUUAAUGUCCUGAUACAAUCAU